AUGCAUUUUUACAUGUUUCGGCCUAAAACUUUACACACCCAGAAGCGAAGCAACAAAACCGAGCCGCGCGAGAGCGAGACGAACGGAAGGCGUGUUGGCCGAGACCGCUGCCUUCUUCUCGACUUACGCCGACACGCGACUAGUGAACGUCAGUGUUCUGACGUGGACGGCCGUAUUCGCGUUAGCCCGGUCCGUUUGACAGAUAAAAAAAAAUAUUUCGCGCGUCUUUUGACAGAUACAUGCAAACUUUUUGAUGUAAUUAUCGGCUUGGAGUGGCCGUUGAAACGCUAUAAAGUGAUGAAUCAGCGAACGCCGGCUAAU